AACUCCCGAUUUAAAAAAAAAAGUUACAAGAGAACAUUUUUCGGAAGUGUAUUAUAUUAGGGAGAAACAAAUGUACUGUAUCCAGUUCAGUGGAAACCCGGAAGGUUAUGGGAACGAAUACAUAUUGUGGUCUGGUUAAGAGUUACAAUCACGAUUUGCAGCGAUUCAUUUUGUAAAAGGAUGAUGUGAAUGUUCUGAUCUACGACAAUGUUGGGCAUUACUAGUGAAACAAAUUUUACAUAUGUGUUGACGUCGUGAGGUGAACAACACGGGUGCUAUUCAUCACUGUCACAUUCAUUAAACUUCAUCUUCUGCACCGGAAUUCCAGAAAGAAAAACCAAUGAGACACGUUUAUAUCUACUGCUACCUCCACCUUAGCUUGGACUGCCUAUUGAACAAUGAGGCAUGGCUGUCACUCUUUCUUCUGUGUUGCCUGAGUGUUUUCAUGCCUAAAGCUGUUGCUGAAGCAGUUCCAACGCAGUUCAGGAAAAUGAUACAAAUAUUGAGUAACACCAAUUUCAGCACAUUUUAUAAUUCUAAAACUGCUUUGUACACUCCGGAAAUUCCUGAAAAUGAAAUCUGUUACAAUGCCUCGCUGAAUUGCUUUUUUCUAGAGAUGCACGUUUUUUUUUUUGAACAUGAAGAAAACCCACUUUCAAUUCUGGAAGAUUAUAUAACAGAAAUUAAACCAGUGGUUCACGGAGGCUGCACAGAGUGUGAAGAAUUUACAGAAAGAAAUUGUGAAACUUUUCUUAAUGAGUUCAUGUCAUUUCUACAAUUUCUGCAAUUACCGAGAAAGAAAAGUAAAACCUAAAUAAUUCUGAGCGACCUGAAUUUAUUGAUAUAAUGUAAUUGCUUUACUACACACCUUUAAACACUCUCUGAACAUUACUUACAAACAUUUUGAUAUCUGCAUUGCCUUUUAACACCUUUCUGCAUGUGUGCAGAGCUUUUGAAAUUGGGAUUUUGGUGUAAAAAAUCAACAACUUCCAUCACUUAAAUAUCAUUUGUCUUAUUUGAAUGCCCAGAAAUCAGAUGAAAACCCAUUUCAUUUACUGUCAGAGAGUGGAGACACCUCAGGCACACAGUACAGGCUAGAGAUGCAAGAUGGUCCUUGUUUUUUUUCAAAUAAUGGAAUACUAUAUGAAGAAUUGUUUAACCUUUCGUUGUUCACCUGCUUUUUGAAUGAUAUCACAACUGAUGGAAUUAUGUCCCACAAUCCAUGUAUACACAUGCUGGCUGUACUUUUAUUUGAAAAACUACAUAUAGCAUAAUUCAUCCAUGGCUCAUGAAUAGCAUGCUCUAACAGAAUAAGUAAACUUUCAGUUCAAUAAUAAAGCAUGACAAAGUAGAAGCGCAAAUUUCUUAUUUGUUUGUGUUUUUGUCCAUGGUAGAAAUGUAGACCUGUGUAUGCACAGUGAGUAAUAUACGCUAGUUUUGACAUACCACUGUAAAUAUUUGUACAUAUGUUUAAAAAAUUCCAAUAUAUAGUAUUUUGUAUACGUGAAAGGCAGCUACUAUCAUAUGUCUGGAUAAUAAAACUGAUAUAGCCUACUAAACUUUGAAUCAAUGUUCAUUUAUUUGGAACACAACACAGUGAAUGUGUUAAGUGACUGAGCGGCUCAUAGCGAGAAUUUCCCCGCUCACUCAGCUCACUGAUGAAAUCUGCUCAGGGG